AUGAACGACAAGGAUGGGAUCUAUGAGGAUCCUGAGUCUACUAAGGUUGAUGAGAGCGAGGACACGGAUGAUACGGGAGCGAGUGUGGAGGCAGCAGUGAAGCAGGAAGAAGAGAUAGUCACCAUGGAGGCAGCAGCGGUGAAUGAUGGAGAUGGAGAUGGUGUCAACACUUUUGCAGCAGCGGUCGUGGUUAAAGAUGAAGCAGUAAAUGCGAAGUGUGUGGGAGUCGCUGUGAAUGGGGACAUCAUGGUGAAGGGAUCAAAGGCGAAUGCAACUGCAAAGGGUAGAGUGCUUACGAAAGAGGAACACGUUGAGGGGUACGAGACCCGAGAGGUGUUGGGUGUUGAGAUGCCGAGGAGAAGCGAGAGUCUCAAGAAAACCUCUCAAGGUUUGGAUAUCAAGGCGCUCAACUUCAAGACACAACAACCUUCCGCCUCCGCCGCCGCCACCGCGGCCAUUCCCCUUCCCAAGUCGCUCUCCUCCUACUCCAACGUGGCGUUGCUUGAUCCGCGCUUCGAGCUCUACUGGACCAUCAACGACAGCGACGCAACCAUUCGCAUGGCGGCUCGGGCCAAAACGGCGGGAUGGCUUGCUAUAGGCCUCUCCGAGAUUGGCUCCAUGGUGGGCUCAGACGCGUUCGUAGCGUGGGUGGAGGAGAGAGACAGGCGCGUGUAUGGAACGGAUCGCUUCAUUUUCGACACGUCAGGACCGGUACUGGACGGCAAACAAGACUGGCACGUGCUGGGCGGCAGCCAGACCACGAACCAAUCCACGGGCGACAUGUGGACCACCGUGCACGCGUGGCGCCUGCUCGACACGAACGACUGCAACGACCGCCCAAUAGUUUCCGGGAAGCUUCACAACGUCAUCUGGGCGACUGGGCCCACGGAUGACGUCAGCUAUCAUGGCUCCACGCGGGGGGGUGGCACUCUGGUGCUCGCCCCUGCUCCCCCCGGCCCCUCCAUUCUCGACCCCCAAGAACCGCCCUCCACCGCUGCCACUGCCUCUGAUUCGUUUCGAGGGAUGGGGCGUGUGGACGGGCAGCAGCAAGGGGCCGUGGGGGGGAAGGAAGUCUCCUCUUCGGAGGCUCGUGAGGAGGAGGCGAGGAUGCUUAACUUCACAGUCACGGGCUAUCAUGUGCCGACGGACUAUACCUCCUACCGCUGCAAGGUGGAGGACAUGCAUUUGGAGAGCAAGAGGCACGCAGUGGAGUGGGGUCCGGUCGUGGUGGACGUGCCGUUGGAGAGCAAGAGGCAUGCAGUGGAGUGGGGCCCGGUCAUCAACACCACCCACGUCUCGUCCCUCCACCACUCCUUCCUCUAUGGCUGCUCACCGGAGGAGUACCCCGAUCUGCCCCCUACCGGAAGGGUUUUUGACUGCAUGGGCAGGCCCCCCUGCAGCACCUUCGUGGCAGUGUGGGCGUGGGGAGGACGCCCCUUCACCCUCCCCCCCAAUAUCGGCUACCCCAUCGGCCCCGGCUACUUCACCAAGUUCGUGCUUGAGAUGCAUUACACCAAUCCCGACGGCUGGGCCGACAUAGUCGACAGCUCGGGCGUGUACCUCAAGCUGGCGCCCUCGAUUCCCGAGGCGCCGCAGUUGAAAGACGCGCACAUCAUGAAGGUUGGGCUCGUGGACCACAGCCGGCUCAUCCGCGUGCCGCCCGGCAUGCCCUCGUGGACCCAUGCCAACUCGUGCCCGGGGGAGUGCACUGCUGCUGUGUUCAAGAACGAGAGUGUGAAGAUCAUUGGGUCGAUCCUGCACCAACACAAUAUUGGACGCCAGCCCUUACCCUCCCCUUCCCCCCCCUCGCUCUCCUUUCUCUGUGGCAGCGAUGCAGCAUCGCAGCAGACCUUGCCGGUGCUACCAGAGUUUGAGCUGCUGCCAGGCGAUGAGAUCCGCACCACCUGCGUAUGGGACUCCACCUCUCGCUCCGAGGUAACGGUGGGGGGUCUAUCAGCGGAGGACGAGAUGUGUGUGGCUUACCUCGUCUACUAUUCCGCCCAGCACCAGGGCCAAGAGAUGCAUGCAUGCUACACCGUGUGUGGGGCAAUGGACAACGGCACACUCUCUACGCGCCCCACCAACCCCAACCUCUCGACGCACUACAUCUGUGGGACGGGCCGCAACCAAGACCAAGGCAUCGCUAUCAGCCUUUCCACUUGCCACCAUCUCUGCACCACUCAAACCCAGCGCUCUCUCCCCCUCAUUCCCCUCGUUCCCUCUCCUUCCCCCGAUCCCCCCAUUACCCCACCCCACAACCCUCGGACCAAGGCAUCGCUAUCAGCCUUUCCACUUGCCACCAUCUCUGCACCGCUGCAACCAGCACAACCCGCCGCACCGCAAUUAACACUGCCGCAACCCGCCGCACCGCAAUCUGGCCCACUGCAAUCCGCCGCCGCGGCCUCUCUCCAUCCCUCUGCUGCUGCUUCCCCUGCCACUCCCAUUGUUGUUGUUUCCCCUGCUGACACCACCGUCAAGGCUGCCCCAGCAGCAGCAGCAGCAUCAGCAGCUAAAAGUGCACUUGCAGCUAUGCUUACGGCUCUGCUUUGCUCCGUUCUUGCCCUCUUCUCCUGA